GAGAAUUAGCCUUGCAAUUGAAUUGAUUGCUGUUGUUUCUAAUUUUCUUGGCCUGUCUGAUUUGGCUGUCAAUUAGGGUCCAUUUUUUGCAAUUUCUUCAGUGAAACCAGGAGAUUCAUUUAUUGGCAUUUGCCAAGCAUCUUCCAGGAAAUUUCUGGCUACAAUUUGUACAAGUUCUCUCUCAUCUUCUCCUUGGCCGACUCGCUUUUAAUCAUCUCACAGAAUUAGCUCUGCAGUUAAACUUAUUUGCUACUAUUGCUAAUUUUCUUGGCCUGCCUGAUUUGGCUAUCAGUUAGGGUAUUCUCUACAAUUUCUUCAGUGAAGCCUGAAGAUUCAUUUCAUUGGCAUUUUCCAGGCAUCUCUCCCUUGAAAUUUCCAGCUAUAAUUUGGACAAGUUCUCUCCUCUUCUGCUUAGCUGGUUACAAUUUUUAUCAUCUAACAAAAUUAGCCGUGCAAUUGAAUUGAUUUGCUGCUACGUCUAAUUCUCUUGGCCUAACUGAUUUGGUUAUCAUUAUUCAUUUUCUGCAAUUUCUCUGGUGAAAGAUACAGGAAUUAUCCAUUGCAUCCCUCUGGUUACAGAUAACUAGGCAUGAAAUAUUUAAGCUAAGCGGUUGCCACUUUUAAUUUGGUUAUGGACAUCCAUUUCUUCAAUUUCGUCCACUAAACUUGCAGAUUCAUUUCAUUGGCAUUUUCUAGGCAUCUUCCAGGAAAUUUCCAGCUAUUAUUUGGACAACCUCUCUCCUCUUCUGCUUAGCUGACUACAAUUUUUAUCAUCUAGUAGCAUUAGCCUUGCAAUUGAAUUGAUUUGCUGCUACGUUUGAUUCUCUUGGCCUAGCUGAUUUGGUUAUCAUUAUCCAUUUUCUGCAAUUUCUUUGGUGAAACAUAUAGAAAGGCUAUUUAAUCCAAUGGAAGUCUUAUCUCGUGUUGGAGAUUCUUUUUUAUAUGUUAUAUUUGACUCGCUAUUCGAAAAGAUAAAGGAAUAUAUAAGUGAUCAACUAUGGGAUUCAGAGGAAAUACAUGUCCAUAUGAAAAGCUGGAUGACUCUAUUGCCCAAAAUUACUGUUGUACUUCAACAUGCAGAAGAAAAUCAAGUUGCCAACCAGUUUGUGAAGUCAUAUCUUGAUGAUCUCAGGGACUUGGCCUAUGAUAUGGAGGACAUACUCGAAGGGUUUGUGAUUGAUGCCAAGAGGUCUAAAUCGAUUGCAGAAUCUAAAGAUGGACCUAGCAAGCUACAAAGAAUCAUCUCUGGUGUCAAUAAUUUUUUUAGCUCUAAUAAGGCUAAGCGCGAUCAAGAGAUUAAUUCCAUGGUGAUGGAUUUGAACGGUAGAUUGCAAAAAAUUGAAAAUGGGAUGCGUACUUUGGGCCUAAUCGAUUUGGCUUUGAAACUUGAAGAUAGGUCUCACAAAGUAGUUGCAAAAAGACUACCUGAGUCUUCUGUUCCUGAACAUAAGGUGUGGGGUCGAGAUGAAGAUAAAAAUUCUAUUGUUCAGAGGUUGCUAAAAGAUGGAGGUAGUCUUGAACAAGACUUUGUUAUUCCCAUUGUCGGAAUGGGUGGACUAGGCAAGACAACUCUUGCUCGGCUUAUUUACAAUGAUAAAAAACUAGAAGGCAAGUUUGACUUGAAGGCAUGGGUUUCAGUUUCUGAUGAGUUUGAUGUUGCUCGAAUAACAAGAACCAUUUUGGAACAAGUAACUAAGAAAAAGUGUGUUCUUGAUGAUUUUAGUUCACUUCAAGAGGAAUUGAAAAUGGAGUUAUCUGGGCACAAAUUUCUUCUUGUAUUAGAUGAUGUUUGGAAUAAGGAAUAUGGCAGGUGGGAUGUCUUGAAUAAACCUUUCAUGUCAGGAGUUCCUGGAAGUAAAAUAAUUGUCACAACUCGAAAUAAGGAUGUUGGGACGAUGAUGAGAAUAGAUGAUGGAGUUUACAAUUUAGCAUUGCUGCAAGAUGAUGCUUGUUUGCCAUUAUUUACACGACAUGCACUGGGGAAAGAGAACUUUAAUUUGCACCCAAACCUACAAGAUAUUGGUGAGAAGCUUGUAAAGAGGUGCAAAAGAUUGCCAUUAGCACUAAAAACACUUGGUGGCGUCUUGCGAGGAAAGCUGCGUCCUGAUGAGUGGGAAAAUGUAUUAAACAGUGACAUAUGGAGUUCAUCUGAAGAUAGAAGUGGAAUUCUUCCUGCUCUAAGAUUGAGCUACAAUCAUCUUCCUUCUCACUUGAAGCGUUGCUUUGCUUAUUGUGCUUUGUUCCCGAAAGACUAUGAAUUUGACAAAAAGGAGUUGGUUUUGUUAUGGACGGCUGAGGGCUUAUUACAGCAACAGUCACAUGAAAAGAAGCAAAUGGAAGAGGAGAUUGGUCAUCAAUAUUUCGAUGAGUUGUUCUUAAGAUCACUCUUUCAACAGUCAAGUGGAGAUGAAUCACGGUUUGUGAUGCAUGACCUCAUAAAUGAUUUAGCUCUAGAUGUUACUGGAAAAAUAUAUUGCAAUCUUGAACGUAGCAUGGGUGAUGAAAAAUUAGAGAAAGCUCGUCAUUUGUCAUUCACUCCAGACCAGUAUGAAAUCUCAGAGAGAUUCAUAAUCUUGGAUAAAUUGAAGCAUUGGAGAACAUUCUUGCCACUUUCUGGUUACAAAACUUGCUCGUAUUUGUCUAAAAGAAUCUUGCAUGAGUUUCUACCAACAUUAAAUCGCUUAAGAGUGCUAUCUCUUCACCACUAUCAAAUAAGCGAGCUACCAGAAUCUUUUGAAAAUUUGAAACAUAUUCGGUACAUUGAUCUUUCUUGUACAAGUGUCGCAUGUAUACCUGAAUUAGUGGGUUCUCUUCUCUUCUUACAAACACUACUAUUAUAUGGUUGUCAAAAGCUUAGUAAGUUGCCAAUGACAAUUGGGAAUCUAAUUGACCUCCAUCAUCUUGAUAUCACUGAUACACCAUCUUUAAAAGAGAUGCCAUCAGGAAUAGGCAAUCUUAAAAAUCUUGUAACAUUGUCCAAAUUUAUUGUGGGGAAGGCAAGUGGAAUGAUGAUGAGAUUAUCUGAUUUGAAGAAUUUGUCACAAAUUCGAGGAAGACUGUCUAUCCUAAAUUUGCAGAAUGUUUUAGAUGUUCAAGAUGCUAGAGAGGCCAACCUAGACAAAAUCCAUGGUUUGGAAGAGUUAGUCUUGGAGUGGAUUACUUCUGAUUCUGAUAUGGAGCGGACUGCUUUUGAUAAUGAUCUGGAUUCUAAUUUUGAUCUGGAGCGGACUACUUCUGAUCAUGAUUUGGAGUGGACUACUUCUAAUAAUAAUCGAGAUGAAUUAGUCCUUAAAAUGCAAGUCCUUGGGUGGUUAAAACCUCAUUCAAAUUUGAAAAGUCUCAAAAUUUCUUGCUAUGGUGGUGAGAAUUUCCCUCCCUGGUUUCGAAACAUGUUAAAUUGGAAGGAAUGGACUUCUCUUGCUGGAAGUGAAGGUGAAUUCCGUUGUCUUCAUAAGCUUGUAAUUGAAGGUUGUCCUAAGUUAGGACAAUUACCCAGCAACCUUUCUUCACUUAAAGAGUUGUCUAUUAGAUGCUGUAAUGGGGUGCUUUUGAAGAGAAUGGUUAAUCUCACUUCCCUCACUAACUUGAAAAUUGAGCAAAUUUCAAAAUUGAUUUGCUUGCCUGAGAGUUUUACACAGUCUUGUACAGCACUUGAGACUUUGGAUAUUGCAAAUUGCAAUGAUCUUACUUGUUUGUGGGAGGAAGGGAUAGAAAUAGAACAAAGCCUUUUGCCUUUCAAUCUUAAACAUCUUAGCCUUCAGAGAUGUAGUGCUUUGGAGUCAUUACCGGAUGCAAUGAUGAUGAGGACAGAUAGCAGCAGUAGCAGCAACACUAGUAUGUUGAUGUCGAGACUAGAAAGGUUGGAAAUUUGUCAUUGUGAUUCUCUCAAGUCGUUUCCAAGAGGCAAAUUACCCACCUCGCUUAAAUACUUGAGCAUAGAAAAUUGUGAAGGUCUUGAGUCUCUACCGGAUGUUGAUGGUGACUAUAAUAAUAGUGAUCUACAUUCGAAAAUAUGUAAUCUUCCAUGUUUGUAUUCUUCUCAGGGCAGUUGUCAUCAGCUACCAGCUUUUCUCAAGGAAUUUGAAGUUACUUAUGGUGGCGAGUGGCUGGAAUCAUUUCCAGAGAAGAUGCUGCAACAUUGUACGAGACUCCAAUCGAUUUCUAUUUGGAAUUGUAAAAUAUUGAAAAGUUUACCCAAUCUUGAUGGCGUCAGCAAGCUCGUUCGAUUAUGUAUUUGGAGCUGUGAAGUUUUAGAGUCCAUACCAGAAGAGUUGUGGUUAUGCACCCGCAAUCUUAAGGGGUUGGUGGUACAAUGGUGUAAGAAUUUCAAAUACCUCCCAAAUACGAUGUACCAGUUGGAGUCUCUUCAAGACCUAUCGAUGCAACAUUGCCCCAGCAUCAAGUGCAUUCCAAAUGGGGGUUUGCCGCCAAACUUAAAAUGUCUUCGAUUUGAUUAUUGUGAGAAUCUCAAGUGUGUGCCAAAUUCAAUGUGCCAGCUCACAUCACUUGGGAAUCUAUCACUUUCAGGUGAGGCUUUGACGAUGGACCUCCAAAACCUGACGUCUCUUCGAUCAUUAGGAAUUGGCCGAAAAUUGCCUCUGGGUAUUGUGCUGCCUUCUUCUUUAACUAGUCUUUUGAUCUGGAAAGCAGAAAAUUUGGAAUCCAUACCUGGGGGGCUAUUCCAAAACCUAAGCUCCCUUACUUGGUUACUUAUCGAAAACUGCCCGAAGCUACGGUCUUUACCAAGGGAAGCCUUCCCUCCCUCGCUUGAAAAACUAGAAAUCUGGAAGUGUCCGCAUCUAAAACGACAGCGCUUUGAGGAAAAUGGAGACUACUGGAAUCUCACCUGGAGCAUCCCCUGCGUUCGGAUAAGUGAAUGAAAGAUUAUUUCAAAGGGGAUGAGUUGCUAGCCUUGGCAUUAAGGAUUAAACAACCUUGUAACCUUUGCUUGUACAGAGGACAGAGCAAAAUCUUGUUAGGCCUAUGGAGAACCACUUUGUUUUGUGACUCCCUUUUUCCUAUUAUGUGUGAGAAGUUAUAAGCAUACUCUAAAUUGUACAUGCACUGGGGUACUGCAUCCUAUUUAAUAAUUUCAUUUGCUGAUGGAAAAAAAAAGGAAAACAAAUGUCACCAAGGAGCUUGCUGCUUGCAAAAUGAUGUUCUUAGGCAAGCCAACCAAUUAUGUUUUCCAUUCUGAAGAAUUGGAAAACUUUUGAAACAAGGAGUUGCUGAUGUUCAAAUGAGAUUUUUCUGUAAGCUGGAACUGGAAUGCAGAUGACCUUUUCUAAAUUAAACAAGCUUGUAAGCUGGAACUGAAACACACAUGACCUUUGCUGAAUUAUAUAAGCUUGUAAUAUGACUAAAUCAAGCUGCAGUUUUACGAGUUUUUUAUUUGGGAAAGCAGAACUUACCCUGUAUGUACCCAAAUUAACUCUUUAAAAUUUUAUUGUGAUGCCUAUUUGCUUUACUAUUGUUAUUGUUUAGGACAAGGAAUCAAAACUGAUAUGAUACAGCAAAAUCUUGUUAGGCCUAUGUAGGAUCCCUUUGUUUUGUGACUUCCUUUUUUCUUUUAUGUGCCAGAAGUUAUCUUCUUAUCUCACAUUUCCCAUAAUUUUAGGGACUACUUUCCCACAACUGUGUAGUGUCCAACAUAGUUGAUAUCUUGAAUCGUGUAGCAUCUUAUUAGACCCUUUACCUUUUUCAAGUCAACUACAGGAUUAGUUAGAAGGUGAUUGAUCCUAUAUUACAAGUUCAAGCCUCCCUUUUUAAGCAAGAUCUUUCUUCAGAAAGCAGCUGCUGGAUGCUUUGACAUUAACGUUGCCUUUCAUGUGGGAGUUGAUGCUUCUAGUAUGAUGAGUCAGAAAUGAGUAAUCCAACAAUGUGUACUGCAUUCUCUCUUUAUUCAUCCCAAGUCACAGCCAAUAUUGCAGCACAAACACUGUUGUUUUACUUAAGAAUGGGCUGACUUGCAAAGUAGCUUCAAGAUCUAACAACUUGAUGAAAAAUGGUGGUGUUCACAGAUUUGUCAUAGUUGCAGGCUUGAAGCUAUAAUGUUCUACCCUCCAAGAAUACCCUCUCUGACAUGGAUUUUCUGAGUUUUUCUAGUAACUUCCCCUUAUAUAUAUAUAUAUAUAUAAAGGUGAAUGGAGUAAAGCUUUGAGGCAACAUUAUGCACAAAUCAUUUCCAGGAUUCUUGUGUUGUAUGUAUCCAUCCAUCUGGUGUUGAGAAAACUCUUCAUGAACGCACCAUGAACUGCAUGGAGCUUUAAAUAAUGGCCAGUAGUUGGUUUUGAUCAACAUUGUAAAAAAUAGUAGAGAGACUGUCAGAGUGCCUUGCAACAGCAGCAGGAAGGUUAGUAGAGGAGUUAUGGUUCUGCUCGAUGAUCAACAGUGAUUUGGUCUCCAAUUCCUCUUGAUACACACUCAGCACACUUAAUGAGAUUCCCAAUUUGAUUGGAGAUUUUGACUUCCAGCUUUAUUUUGGUGAUGAUUAAUACGUUGGUGAUCCAACAAUUUUAUUCUUUAUUUCCUAUAGUGUUUUCCUAGAGGAGAAGAAACUUUGAAAUAAUGCUAUAUUUUUAGU